UUAUCCCACUCACUUCAGCUGCAACUUCCACAUAUUGCAUUUUCGCAAACUGUUGUACCUUUGUCGUGAGCAUAUAACGCAAUGGCAAACCGAGGCUACGACGUCGUCGUCGACGUCGACACGGAGGGAGACCUAGGCCAUACCGAUCUACAGGACGACGACCUGGAAUUUCACCCGUCGAACUUCGAGACCAACCCUUCGAACCGCAAAGUCCAACCAGAUUCCACACCUUUCCUCGCCAACAGCGCGACAAACCCUGCAACUCUUCCCAAUGACCCCUCAGCCGUUCCUCCCAAGCACAUGCUCUGGUCGCUCUCCUUUUACGCGCAGUUCUUCGACGUCGACACUUCGACAGUUCUACACCGCUGCCGGAGCGCGAUCUUGCCUUUCCUUCCCAACCAACCGCCCUUUCUCGACACAUUAGACGGCAAUCCCGACCUCUACGGGCCCUUCUGGAUCGCCACGACCGUGGUCGUCAUUCUCUUCCUCACAGGCACAAUAAGCCACAAACUUGCGACCGAGGGCAAAAAGCAUUUCGUAUACGACUUCCGCCUCCUGAGCGGCGCAGCAGGCUUGAUCUACGGCUAUACACUAUUGGUCCCACUUGGACUCUGGGCUGCCCUACGCUGGUUCGGCGCACAAUCGCUGGAGCUUGUUGAGUGCUGGGCGUUGUACGGAUAUAGCAAUCUGUUCUGGAUCGCGGUUGCGUUAGUAUCCUGGUCGCCGCUCAAUGGCCUUAACUACGCCAUAGUUGGACUAGGAUACGGCGUCAGCGUCUUCUUCCUGCUUAAGAACUUGUAUCCUGUCAUCAGUGCCACGGAGAAGAAGAUCAGCCAGAUACUGUUGGUUGUGGUGGUAUUGUUGCAUGCGGGCUUGGCAAUUGCUAUCAAGAUUCUGUUCUUCAGUCACAAGAGUCCUGCUAAGGAUGGGGAAUGAAAACGGGGAUUCGUACACUUUAUGCUCGGUCAGGUUUUGGGCUCGGCUUUCGGCAAGUGUUGGGAAACUGGGCAGUGAGAAAUGAGCUGGGGGGUUUGGGGGGAACCCAGCAUUGAUGUAUCAAUAUCCUUAUGAGUAUAGAUGGGAUUUAUCGGGGAAAUUACAGCACGGUUACUCAGGUCUAGGCUCUCCGUGCUGGCGCAGUUUUUAAAUUCCGGCGCAUGCAUAGAGUGACCACAUCUUAUGCGCCUAACAAGUUUAGGCAUUGGCACUUUGGGAGACUGACUUCUCAGAAG